GCCUCCUACAUCUUGGCACGAGCCAAGUCACCUUCCCAUUCAUGCACAACAUACUCUCGUUUCGCCGCAGUAUCGCGAAGACUUAUGCGUAACACCUUCCCUGCUUGAAGCGUCUGAAGAUCCCACGCAAACCUUCUCGCUGCCAGUCUAUAACAUCGCCCGUGCCGCCUUGUUCCCCUCACCUUGGCAAAUCCAUCUGAAGGACAACGACGCUCUCUCUUACUUCCCAUCUUAAAUAAUAACUGACUCCACGGCCGGGACUGGAGCCUGGUAAAACCGUACAUAAAACGCACCGUCACUCCCUUAAUCUCCGAUUGUUUACCAGUUCUCAUACGCCAGCGUCGACCGCUCCGCCACGAUAUCUGCAAAUAUGGACAGCUUUCUCAUGGCAAGACACGGUGGCGAUGACCACGGAGCGACGGGGACAGCAACUGCUUCGGAUGCCAUGCCGGGAAUGGAUAUGGGCUCCGGCACGAUGAAUGAUACCCACGGCUCGACCGGCUCAAGCAUGAGCAUGAUGAUGAUGACCAUCUUCCAGACCAGUUUGAAGACUCCUCUCUACACCGAAGCCUGGACCCCCAACAGCGUUGGCACUUACGCCGCCACGUGCAUCUUCCUCAUUUUCCUCGCCUUUGGUCUUCGCGGCAUGCUGGCUCUCAAGUCCAUUCAGGAGAAGAGAUGGUUGGACAAGGACUUCAAGCGCCGCUACGUCAGCGUCAAUGGCAAGCUCGGCAUGGCAGGCAAGAUGUCAACGGACAGCAUGGCAAAGCAAAUGGUACUCUCUGAGAACGGCCUCGAGGAGAAUGUCACCGUCGUCCAAAAGGGACACGGCAUCUGGAGGCCUUGGAGAUUCUCCGUUGAUCCUGUCCGGGCUGUCAUCGAUACCGCUAUUGCCGGAGUUGGAUAUCUUCUGAUGUUGGCUGUCAUGACAAUGAAUGUUGGAUAUCUCCUGUCGGUUCUCGGUGGUGUCUUCCUGGGCAGUCUCGCUGUUGGCCGCUUUGCCACGAUGGGCGAGCACUAGUGAAUUAUCAGCAGCAUUUCCGGAGACAAUACCGACUAGAACUUUCUCCCCAAUUCACUUAUUGUUGUAUGAUGCGGUGACUCCAGUGAUGGACGGAUGCUGGAUCAUGGCAUAUGGAUACGAGGAAUGCGACCACGAAGGAAUGGACAACGCGACAGAUCUCUCAGACCUUGGACAACACGUCCUUUUUUUCUUUUUUUCUUCUUUUUUUUUCUGAAUCGUAUGCGAAGGAAACUGCCAGGCUACUUCCGGCUGGAGAUUACACUCGCUGUAUUGUUUCGCACGAAAGAACAUUGUACACUCAACGGCAGCCUACGAUUGUCAAAUCCAAAGCAGCUACGAUUGAUAAUGAAGCUGUGUGUACAGAUUCGGUACCCAAUAUGGGAUUCCCUCCUUCUCCUUCGGUCGUGUGGUGAUAGCGCAGCAAGUACAUGUACAAGGGUGCCUAGCGCCCUUUCUGGCCCGUGCAGAAACCUUCUCAAACUCCCUC